GGGAGGAGGCCUGGGUCUGGUCCCGGCUUUGCUCUUGACUUGCUGUAUGACCUGGGCAGGCUCCUGCCCCUCUCUGGGCCUCAGUCUCCUCAUCUGCACAAUGAGUGAAAGACCAAAUAUUCCUUCUUCCUCUGAGCUCUAUGCCCACCGCUUCCUGCCGCCCCUGCUCCUUCUCCUCCCUCCUUGCUCUCAGCUCAGUAACUGUGGGGGAGAACACUUGUCUAGACCACCAGGCAUAGAACAUUCUCUCCCCAUGCUUCGGCAGGCUCUCUCCACCCUGAGGUCUCCCUGGAAGAGGGGGCACGGGGCAGGAAGUGUCUAACACACCUUCUCUGGGAGACUUGCUCAGGUGGCAUUACGAGGACCUGCCAUGCACCAGACCUCAUCUGAGAGCCCAUUUGACAGAUGGGGAAACAGAGGCUCAGAGAUGUUGAAUGGCUUGCAAAAAGUCACUCAGCUAGGGAGUGGCAACGCUGGGAUAUGAUCCAGGGUCCUACUCUUGCCUUCUCUUGGGGAUCUGCCACUUACUGGGUGGUCCUGGGCCACCCCUCUCUGAGCCUCCAUUUCCUGGCCAGCAAGUGGGCGCCUGAGGGCUGCAGAGCCUGUGGAUGGCUCCCUGACUCCCAGCUGUCCCCAGCACACAAGUGGCUGUACCGGGAGAUUGGGGACAGCCACCUACUCCGGUAUCUCUCCUGGACCGUGUACCCUGUGGCCCUGGUCUCCUUCUCCUCAGGCUUUUCGCAGAGCAUCACGCCCUUCUCGGGAGGUUCUGGAAUUCCGGAGCUGAAGACCAUUCUGUCGGGCGUGGUCUUGGAGGACUACCUGGAUAUCAAGAACUUCGGGGCCAAGGUGGUGGGCCUCACCUGCACGCUGGCCACGGGCAGCACCAUCUUCCUGGGCAAAGUGGGCCCCUUCGUGCACCUGUCUGUGAUGAUCGCUGCCUACCUGGGCCGCAUGCGCACCAAGGCCAUUGGGGAGUCUGAGAACAAGAGCAAGCAAAACGAAAUGCUGGUGGCCGCAGCGGCGGUGGGCGUGGCCACAGUGUUCGCAGCGCCCUUCAGCGGCGUCCUGUUCAGCAUCGAGGUCAUGUCCUCCCACUUCUCGGUCUGGGAUUACUGGAGGGGCUUCUUCGCUGCCACCUGUGGGGCCUUCAUGUUCCGCCUCCUGGCUGUCUUCAACGGCGAGCAGGGUGAGCCCCGCCCUAGACCCUGCCCCCCCGCCCCGCCUUCCCUCCCUCCUCCCUCCUCCCCUCCCUUCUCGCCUCUCUCUUCCCUUUUCCCUCCUCCUCCCCUUCCUCUCCCUCCUCCCUUUUCUCCUCUGUCUUCUCUUCCUCCUCUCCACUCCCCUCCUUCUAGAAGUGUGGAAACGAACAGACCUGUAUUCGGCAUGAAGGAUAGGUGCCCCGAGGAGACCAUCACCUCCCUCUACAGGACCAAUUUCCGGGUAGAUGUCCCCUUUGACCUGCCAGAGAUCUUCUUUUUUGUGGCGCUGGGGGCCAUCUGUGGCAUCCUGAGCUGUGCUUACCUCUUCUGUCAGCGAACGUUCCUCGGCUUUGUCAAGACCAAUCGGGUCCUCUCCAAACUGCUGGCCACCAGCAAGCCUCUGUAUUCGGCUCUGGCCGCCUUGGUUCUCGCCUCCAUCACCUAUCCCCCUGGCGUGGGCCGCUUCAUGGCUUCUCAGCUGUCCAUGAGGGAGCAUCUGGACUCACUGUUCGACAAUACCUCGUGGGCGCUGAUGACCCGGAACUCGUCCCCACCCUGGCCCUCGGAGCCCGACCCACAGAACCUAUGGUUCGAAUGGUACCACCCGCGGUUCACCAUCUUUGGGACCCUCGCCUUCUUCCUGGUUAUGAAGUUCUGGAUGAUAAUUCUGGCCACCACAAUCCCCAUGCCUGCUGGGUACUUCAUGCCCAUAUUUAUCUUCGGAGCUGCCAUCGGGCGCCUCAUAGGGGAGGCCCUCUCUGUUGCCUUCCCAGAGGGCAUCGUGACUGGAGGUGUCACCAACCCCAUCAUGCCUGGGGGGUAUGCCCUGGCAGGGGCUGCGGCUUUCUCAGGGGCUGUGACCCACACCAUCUCCACAGCAUUGCUGGCCUUCGAGCUGACCGGCCAGAUCGUGCACGCGCUACCUGUGCUGAUGGCAGUGCUGGCGGCCAACGCCGUCGCCCAGAGCUGCCAGCCCUCCUUCUAUGACGGCACCAUCAUCGUCAAGAAGCUGCCAUACCUUCCAUGGAUCCGGUGCCGAAAAAUCAGCUCUCGCCAUGUAAUUGUGGAGCACUUCAUGAACUGUACCGUCACCACGCUGGCCAAGGACACACCGCAGGAGGAGGUGGUCAAGGUCGUGACCUCCACAGACACUGCCGAGUACCCCCUGGUGGAGAGCACAGAGUCUCAGAUGCUGGUGGGCACCGUGCAAAGGGCACACCUGGUGCAGGCCCUCCAGGCUGAGCCAUCCUCCUGGGUUCCAGGACACCAGCAGUGUCUGCAGGACAUCUUGGCUGGGGGCUGCCCCGUGGAGCCAGUGACCCUGAAGCUGUCCCCAGAGACUCCCCUGCACCAGGCACACAACCUCUUCAAGCUGUUGAACCUUCAGUCCCUCUUCGUGACGUCUCAGGGCAGAGCUGUGGGCUUCGUGUCUUGGGUGGAGUUGAAGAAAGCAAUUUCCAACCUGACAAACCCUCCGGCCCCAAAGUGAGCCAGCCUGGCAAGAUGAAACAGGGCCCCUCAGCUGCCC